UUUCUGUUGACGAUUCUUUAGAUUUCACCGGAAAGUUAUAUUUCAAUCAGAUAAAACUGAAUUGUAGUCUCAAAUAUGGUGAAAAUAAGUUUACAAAUCUCGUGCAUUCUGGAGAAUAUUGAAGAGUUGAAACCUGGUCAGAACUAUUCGUACUUUCUUAAACUUCGUUGUAAUAAUUGUGGAGAGGCUGAUGAUAUUUGGCAUGAUUUAUGCGAAGAUGAGAAAGUUCAACAAGAUUCUCGUAAUGCUAAAGGUUAUAAUUUUGUGAUUAAAUGUAAGCUUUGUGGACGAGAAAAUUCACUGGAUGUUGUUGAAGGAUCUCAAGGUUCAUAUAAAGAAGAUGACGCUGGAAAAUUCAAAUCAAUUAUCACAUUCGAUUGUCGUGGUAUUGAACCAACUGAUUUUGAUCCUCGUUCUGGAUUUAUCGUGAAAUCAAUCGAAAAUGGACAAUCUUUCGAUGAUGUUGAAAUUGAAGAUGGAGAUUGGACGGAAUAUGAUGAUAAGAAUAAAAACAGCGUCUCGAUUUCUGAAUUUAAAUCUCAGUUUAUUAAGCUUAAAGGAAAAAAGAUGAAGUUUCUCAUUUUUCUUCCACUUCUUUCAUUUUAUUUCUUAACUGCUGAUGGUCGAAAUGUUUCUGGAAAUGUUAUCGAUAAAGUUAUAUCUAUAGCUAUCUCAUAUCUUGGUCAGGGACUCAGACAAUUGGCGAUGGAAUCGCGAGUUGAGGCUGAAAAAAUUAUUAACAAUGUUUAUUCAAGUGGAGUCGAAUACGGAGAAAUAAUUUUAAGUAUCGACAAUAGUGUUUGCAGCAAUGAUAACGAUUUGGAAUUCUGUAAGACAAUUAAAAGCUUAGAGAGUGUUCUAGUAGAUAGCUUUAAAGAAUUUGACAAAUAUAAGAAAGAUGCUAAUAAUAUUUUCAACAAAGCAUUCGAAGCUUAUAUCGCUGAAUUGGAAAAUUUAAUGAAACGUAAGCUUGAACCUAUAAAAGAUUUGGUUCAGAAAGGCUUCUCUUGUCUAGUAUCAGAGGCUCGUAAGAUGCAUAAACAGCUUAUUGAAAAGGCUGAAGAACUCACUCGGAAUUAUUUGGAUAAGAAAUUGGCUACAUUUAUAGAAAACAUUAAAACACGUCGUGAUGAAAUUUUCAAAAUUAGCAAGGCAAUUGCUUCAACUUAUCAGAGUUGUGAAAACGAUGAAAACAUAAAUGAAUGUUUAAAGAACUUUGAAACUAAUGGCGGCGACAUUCCAUCUCGGGUUCGAGUUCUAAUAAAUGAAAUAAUACAACUUUAUGUUCAGCAAUUGGCAGUAAUAGGCCCUAAUAUGGUUCAAAUUGAGAGGAUUAUUGAUAGUCAAGAUGAACUCGCUGUAGAAGCCUUGAAGGCGUGCAACUUGCUUGAAUUGUAGAACAGACGUGUUUGAAAGUAAUAAAAAAUUAUCACACAGACAGACAUAAAGUAGAAUUAAACUUUCAGCGUAUUCUAAUUUUAUUUUAUAUUGUCGAAUCUCAUUUAAGAAAAAUAAAUCGCAAUUGCCGUUUUAUCUGGAAA